CGUAGAGUUUGCCUUUUUGUUUCAGACUUCAAUUACAGAUUUCUUCAUGACGGAUCCUUUUUAUUUAGGAUGAAUAGUAUCAUUUUGGAAGAGUUCUUUUUCAAAAAGUCUCAGCAAAAGCGAAGAACCUCUCCUUGCAAUUAUAAAGAAAGAUAUUUUGUUUUAAGUAAGGCUGAAUUGGCGUACUUUGAGCAUCGUCCUGGGAAAAAGCCAAAUUUGAAAGGCGCCAUUGAUCUAUCAAGAAUCAAAUGUGUGGAAAUUGUAAGGAGUGACAUCUUUAUUCCAUGCAACUUCAAAUACCCUUUCCAGGUUGUCCAUGACAAUUAUUGCUUGUACGUGUUUGCUCCAGAUAAAGAUAUUCGACAGAAAUGGGUGUGCGCACUGAAGGAAGAAACGAAGAACAACGACACUUUAGUUCCGAAGUACCAUCCGAAUUUCUGGGUGGACGGGAGAUGGAGGUGCUGCUUCCAAACAGACAAACUGGCUGCAGGCUGCCUUGAGUACGACCCCAACCGGAACGCCUCCAAAAAGCCACUCCCUCCCACUCCAAAAGACACCAGGAGGCUGUUUUCUAAUCCAGGAGAGCUGGUGGUGGUUGCUCUUUAUGAUUUCAUCCCCCAGAGUGCCCAGGAUCUGAUGUUGUGCAAACAUGAGGAGUACAUUAUUACAGACCAGUCCGAUCCAAACUGGUGGACUGCUCAAGAUAAAAACGGAGACACGGGGUAUAUCCCAAGCAGCUACGUUAUUGAGAAGUCACCUGACAAUUUAGAGGCACACGAGUGGUACAACAAAAACAUUACCAGAGCAAAAGCUGAACAACUGUUAUUUAAGGAGGACAAAGAAGGUGCUUUCAUGGUGAGGGAUUCCCGGCACGCUGGGCUGUACACAGUGUCUGUGUUCACUAAAGCACAUGGUUCUAAUGGCGAAAACAACCCCAGAGUAAAGCAUUACCAGAUCAGAGUGACCACGUGUGGGGAAACUAAGUUUUACUUGGCAGAAAAAUAUACCUUCAACUCCAUUCCAGAGCUGAUACAUUACCACCAGCACAAUGCAGCAGGACUCAUAACAAGGCUGAGGCAUGUGGUGUCGUCAGGGAGGGAGAAGGCCCCAAUGACGGCUGGCUUCAGCUAUGGUGUGUGGGAGAUCGAGCCCUCUGAAUUGAGUUUCAUACAGGAGGUGGGAAGCGGCCAGUUUGGAUUGGUUCACUUAGGCUUCUGGCGCAACGUCAAUCACAAAGUGGCCAUCAAGAUGAUACGGGAAGGAGCCAUGUCAGAAGAGGAUUUUAAAGAGGAAGCCCAAGUUAUGACUAAGCUGUCUCACCCCAAGUUGGUCCAGCUGUAUGGUGUGUGCACCCAGCAAGCCCCCAUGUGCCUGGUGUUUGAGUUCAUGGAGUUCGGCUGCCUGUCUGACUUCCUACGGAGCCAGCGAGGCGGCUUCUCCAGGGAGACUCUGCUGGGCAUGUGCUUGGAUGUGUGCGAGGGGAUGGUCUACCUGGAGAGCGCCAACUUCAUUCACAGAGAUCUGGCUGCAAGAAAUUGUUUGGUAGGAGAGAAUCAAACGGUGAAGGUGUCAGACUUUGGGAUGACUAGGUUUGUCCUGGAUGAUCAAUAUACCUGCUCCCUUGGCUCGAAGUUCCCAGUGAAGUGGUCUGCGCCUGAGGUCAUCCAUUAUUCCAAAUUCAGCAGCAAGUCUGAUGUCUGGUCCUUUGGCGUUCUCAUGUGGGAAGUGUACAAUGAGGGUAAAAUGCCUUAUGAGAACCAAACAAAUGGAGAAGUGGUGGAGGCCAUCUCAUCAGGGCUCAGACUGCUCAAACCCAAACUGGCAUCAAAUUUAAUUUACCAGCUGAUGGAGUGGAGCUGGAAAGAGAGACCAGAAGAUAGACCAUCCUUUACACUUCUCUUCCACGAGCUUGCAGAACUGGCUGAACUUUGAGAUGAAUGCUGUGUAAAAGUGAAAGUCCUUUUUACAGUAGGCGUCCAAAGCAGCGUGGCAUCGUUGAUACAAUCCCCAUGUCCUGAUUUAAAGUCACCCAUUUUGCUCACUUAUCAACUCUCUCUGCAUUUAUUGCAUUACUGAACGUGUGGAAAAGAAAAAAAAUAAUCAAGUGCAAAUUUGUCUGUCUUUGCCGGGGAUUCCACAAACAGCGUUGCAUUGACUCUAGGUACCUGCAGGUUAGGAAGGCAAAAUCAGCAGAGACUAUUUCACCUCACUGAGCUACAGCGGCCCCUACUGGCUCAGCCCGGUGAGCUCAAAACAGACGCCUGCAGGGCUGGCCUUUGUCAUUCAGGGGCUGGUAGCUCACUGACAUCCUCUGUGGAGCUCCUGGGUGUAAAGAGACAAUUCAUUGACUGGUGGGAUUGGAAAACACCCACUGACCUUCAAUUCUCCUAAGCUUUUGUGGGGCUAGCUACAGUAAGGGAAUAUACUUGGACAUUCUAAAUUUGUGGGUUUGAAACAUGAAUUUGAAGAUUUCUAAUGCAGAACUAAUAAUAUAUUUAUGAACUUUUUUCAUCCCUUACUACUCUCUGGUAGAUCAUUAGGGACAUGGACAUAAAGCUAACAAACAGUUCACCAAUUUGAAAGUCACUGACUUUGUUUCUUUUUAUACACAUUGC